CGACACAGUUGCAAUAUCUAAUAAAUACAAACAGCAUCCAAUUGACUCGUUGACGGAGCCAGCAACAAGUGACAGUUAAUUUUGAAAUUUUGUUAGUGAAAUUCACAACAACAAACAAAAUCAACAGCAUGUCCAGCCAAAUGAUCGUAAUUUUCUGCUUCGCCACGCUUCUGAUCGCUGCAGCGCAAUCCAGCAUAGCCAUGGCUGUGCCACCAUUCUGUCAAUCUGGCAUGGUGGAAGAUAUGCCACCACACAUUCAAAAGGUUUGUGGAGCACUCAACAAUUCGGAGCAAUUGGCUACGGCACUUAAAUCGUAUCUGAAUAGCGAGGCUGCAGCCAUGCUGACCGAUCAGGCGCCAUUGAAGCGUUCAGAUGUUGAUCACGUUUUCCUGCGUUUCGGUAAGAGGCGUUAAAUUCGAAAUAAUGGCAAUGAUAAAGAAAAAAAUCGCUAAGCAACAACAAAAAUCGAUCGUUUGAAGGACUCUUUGAUUUGAAACAGUCAUCAAAAUUUGCCACACACACACACACACACACACACUCACGCCGAAAUCAAGCACGACGACCACCAUGUGAAUAUAUAAGAUGUACAUAAACUAUAUACAUACAUAUAUACCAACUACUUACUCACUAAAUUUUAAAAUUUUUAAUGUAUAAUACAAAAAGCAAAAAAAAGAAAAGAAGAAAAAUAAUUUAACCAAAGCAUUAACUUAUAUCUAUUUAUGUUAUAAUUUAUGGCAGCAAAUAAAAUUGCAUAUGCAAAAUAUGCAAGCAAAAAUAUAUUUUUAAAUGAUUGAGAUAUAAACAUUAUGUAUGUAUCUACUAUGUAUUAUACAAACUCUCGAGUUGAUCUCUUUUUAGCUUUUAAUUAUUUUUUCUGUACAUCUGGAAUAUACUACUGUACACCAAAUCACCAAGAAAAGUAUGGGAGCUCAUAAAAAAUACACAAAACAAAAAAAAAAAAUAUUUUUUUAAACAAAUCGUAAUUUUGUUUUUGUAAUGUAUAAUUCUUGUUAGGCACAGAAACACCACAAAUCAGAUAUAUAAAUUUAAGAAAUAUUCUACCACGAGGGAGCGGAGACAAUGGAGCAUAAAUGUAUUUAUAAAUAAAAAGAAAAAUAUAAACAUUUGUACUCACUAUAAAAAGGUAUCAUAAAUACUUGUACUACAUAAUAUGCAUUAAUAAAUAGCUAUGUAUGGAUGUGGUUAUGUAUAUAGGGGAAAUAUGUGUU